AGUGGGAGGGCAUUUGAUUACCGGCCAUUCCAACGCUUGUUCUACUCGCCCAAGUUUUUCCCUCCUAACACUUUUUUUCCCUUGGAGUCCCUUGACCCUCCGCACAGAAAAAACGAAGAAAAGGGGGAGAAAGUUGAAGAGAAAAGAAAUCGGCGAGAAAAGGAACCGACUGCUGAACUGAAAAUCAGGGAAAGAGAUUUCGAUUGAUAUUUAGAAUUCCAAAGUGACUUCAAUUUCUUUCUGAGCUGCUUUGAUGAGUGAGAGAGUGAAGAAGGAAAAACCGACGGAGAAAAGAGAGAGGAUGAAGAACAUCUUCAAGAAGCUUCACAUAGGUGGCAACCACGAUCCUCAGCGAUCCAAUGACAAUUCGCCACCUGUGCCGUCGCCCUCAUGCGCCGCCGAUCACUCUCAAAGCUCCGGCGCCACUCCUGCGAGUCCCUCCUCGGCCUCGGCCACAGCGUCUGCCUCCACCGGAGUGGCUACUCCCGCCGGCGGCUUGAGUCCGGUGGUAAAUCGGCAGGACUUUUUCUCGUCGGAGGAGGAGUUUCAGGUGCAGCUAGCCCUAGCUAUCAGCGCUUCCAAUUCGGAGUUCCGCGACGAUCCUGAGAAGGAUCAGAUCCACGCGGCGACGCUGUUAAGUCUAGGAGGUCUUCGAAUCGAUUCGGCGAGGAACAAGGACGACGCGUCGGAGGCGCUGUCGAGGCAGUACUGGGAAUAUAAUGUGCUUGACUAUGAGGAGAAAGUAGUAGAUGGUUUUUAUGAUGUAUAUGGGCCCUCUAAUGAUUCAGUGAUGCAAGGAAAGAUGCCAUCUCGAACGGAUCUUGAAGCAAAUCCGGGAGGUUCUGAGGUGGUCAUUGUGAAUAGAACAAUUGAUCCUGCACUGGAAGAACUGAUACAAAUUGCACAAUGUAUUGCAUUAGACUGCCCGGUCACUAGUUUGGCACAAAGGCUUGCUGAACUUGUUACAAGUCAUAUGGGUGGUCCUGUAAAGGAUGCUAAUAUUAUGUUAGCAAGAUGGACAGAAACAAGAGCAGAGUUAAGGACAAAUCUUCACACAAUUGUAUUGCCUCUUGGGUCCUUAAAUAUUGGGCUCUCUAGACAUCGUGCUUUGCUUUUCAAGGUAUUAGCUGACAACAUUAACAUGCCUUGUAGACUGGUAAAAGGGAGUCAUUACACUGGUGUGGAGGAUGAUGCUGUCAACAUUAUAAAGUUGGACGAAAGGGAGUUUUUGGUUGAUCUCAUGGCUGCUCCAGGGAUACUUAUCCCACUUAUGCCAGCUGAUAUUUUGAGCACCAAGGAUAGUGCCUUUAACAAGGCUUUUAAUCCCAAGAUUUUACCCAAUUUACCUUCCUCCAAGGAUACUGAAUUUUCUUACUCAAGACCUAUUCAACCAUCUCAUGGUGAAGGUAGUAGUCAAAAUUCUGUGAUAAAAGAUCAUUCACUGCCUUGGAAUGGAAAAUCAUAUUUUGAGAAAUCAGAGCCUUCAAACAUAGGUUUGAGAAGAGACACUGGCGUUGGUCCUUCUAAAAUUUCUAAUAGAGGGUCCCCUAAUCAACUGGAGAAUUUGCCUGCGUUGUCUGGUACUUCUCUGUACAAAGGGACCCUCGGAAUGAAUACAAUCGGUGAUGGGACGAGACUUAAUGUCAAUGUUGUACCAUAUACUCAAAACAGCUCCAAUGACUCUCGAAACCUUUUUGCAGAUCUUAACCCAUUCCAAAUAAAAGGAAUGGGGAAGGCCUCUGGGCUUAACAAACCCGUAGAAAUUAAACCUCCUGAGAUUAAAAAUACUAAAAAUAAUACUGUUUCUGGUCGGCCCCCAGUGCUACUGACAAAGAAGAACCGUCAUGCCUAUAAUGAAGACCCCAGGAAAACUAAUUAUAACCCUAAUGAGUACAAACCUCCCUUGUUUGUUUCCAAUGGUUCUGCUACAUCUGAAAAUGUUGACCUUAGUUCUAAACCAUUAUAUAAUUCAAAUUUAAAUAAUGAUGUAAAUGUUCAAACUUUGGCACAUGGUACUGGUUCAGUUUCAUCAUCUGUACCUGAACCGAGCCAGAUUGAGGAUCACAAUGCUGAUUUUAACCUGGGGGGUCUGGAAAAUUCUCAAAACUUCAUGGUAGAGGCAGUUCGAGAACCUGAUAAUGCUGAAAUAAGACAUCAUGACCGGAGGAAGCAUACUUAUGACAGAUUCAUGGGAAACAAUUUCAAACUAAAGGAACCAGAGAGUCCUAGCUCAUCAAUUGAUUCCAUCACAAACAGGGUGGAUCAAAUAUUGGAUGAUGUAGACGUUGGUGAAUGUGAGAUUCCAUGGGAGGAUCUCUUUCUUGGUGAAAGAAUUGGUAUAGGUUCAUAUGGUGAGGUAUACCAUGCCGACAUGAAUGGCACGGAGGUUGCUGUAAAGAAAUUUUUGGAUCAGGAUUUUUCAGGCGCUGCAUUGUCAGAAUUCAAAAGAGAAGUACGGAUAAUGCGUAGGUUACGUCAUCCAAAUAUUGUUCUUUUUAUGGGUGCUGUUACUCGUCCUCCUAAUCUUUCAAUCAUUUCGGAGUAUUUACCAAGAGGAAGCUUGUACCGAUUACUUCAUCGCCCUAAUUGUCAGAUCGAUGAGAAACGAAGAAUAAAAAUGGCUUUGGACGUGGCUAGGGGCAUGAAUUGCUUACACACCAGCACACCUAUAAUUGUUCACCGAGAUCUAAAGUCUCCGAAUCUUUUGGUUGAUAAGAACUGGAAUGUUAAGGUAUGCGAUUUUGGGUUGUCAAGGUUGAAGCACAACACUUUUUUGUCAUCCAAGUCAACUGCUGGAACGCCGGAGUGGAUGGCUCCUGAAGUUCUCCGCAAUGAACCCUCAAAUGAAAAAUGCGAUGUAUAUAGUUUUGGAGUCAUCCUGUGGGAACUUGCUACACUAAGGUUGCCGUGGACUGGAAUGAAUCCUAUGCAAGUUGUUGGUGCCGUUGGUUUUCAAAAUCGUAGACUUGAAAUUCCUAAGGAAGUCGAUCCUAUAGUUGCAAGAAUAAUAUGGGAGUGUUGGCAACAGGAUCCAAAUUUGCGGCCCUCGUUUGCACAACUCACAGUGGCUCUAAAGCCACUGCAGCGUCUGGUUAUCCCAUCGUAUCAAGACCAGGUACCUCCACUCGUGCCGCAGGAGAUUUCUGUAAAUUCCACCCCAUGAAAAGUCUCGCCUCAAGUGUGAAUAAGUAGGCAUUCUGCAUAUUUAUGUGCGUGUAAAGGUAACAAGAAUACAAUAAAAAAGAAAAAAAAAAAUCGAAACUUGUAACGGCAAAUGUUUGUGUUGAGGGAAAUAUCAACUGCAGCCAAACAACUGCAGAGAGCCAUUUUGUAUUUGUUGUGAUAGCUUGUCCGAGGAACUAAAACUCGGUAAUAUGUAAAUUACUGUACUUCCCAAGCAGAAAUUUCUAUACUAUGCAAAAGGUACGUUUUCAUC